CUCUCUCUCUUCCCCACUUCCCCCAACCCCAAACACUCCACUUCGCCCAUCCCCAUCUCCAUCUCCAUCUCCACCUCCCCCAUUAGGGUUAGGGUUUCCGUUUACCAUUUAAUGCGCCCUCCCCACUCUCCUCGUCAUGUAUAAAGCCGCCUCCUUCGCCUCCCUCCUCCGCGCCGUUAAGCCCGCACCGCCUCCUUCUCGUCCUCCUCCGUCUUCGAUCGCUGCGUCGAGGUCGAUCGGAUUCUCGAGGUCGUGUAGCGCCGUACCGCGAUCGCCGGUGAUCGGCUCCUCGCCGGCUUCGUGGCGGUACGGAUCCGAUUGGAGGUCGCCGGUGAGCCUCAGGCCGUGGAUCAGGAGCUCCGCCGCUGUGAUCGAGCGCUUCGAGAGGAAGAUGUCGACCGUUGCUACAGAGAAUGCGUUCAAGGACAUCUUAACCUCCCUUCCUAGGCCUGGAGGCGGUGAAUAUGGAAAAUUCUACAGUUUACCUGCACUGAAUGAUCCGAGGAUCGGUAGACUUCCAUACUCUAUCAGGAUUCUUCUUGAGUCAGCAAUCCGUAAUUGCGAUAAUUUCCAGGUUACUAAGAAUGAUGUUGAGAAGAUAAUUGAUUGGGAGAAUACUUCUCCCAAGCUAGUUGAGAUCCCCUUUAAGCCUGCUCGGGUUCUUCUGCAGGAUUUUACUGGUGUGCCGGCUGUAGUUGACCUUGCUUGCAUGCGUGAUGCCAUGAAUAAGCUUGGCAGUGAUUCGAAUAAAAUCAACCCUUUGGUUCCUGUAGAUCUUGUUAUUGACCACUCAGUGCAGGUAGAUGUAGCAAGAUCAGAGAAUGCAGUGCAAGCAAACAUGGAACUUGAAUUCCAAAGGAACAAAGAAAGAUUUGGUUUCCUUAAAUGGGGAUCUACUGCUUUCCGUAAUAUGCUAGUUGUUCCUCCAGGUUCUGGUAUAGUUCACCAGGUUAAUCUGGAAUAUCUUGGUCGAGUUGUUUUCAACAGUGAUGGCAUUCUAUAUCCUGAUAGUGUGGUUGGAACUGAUUCCCACACUACUAUGAUUGACGGAUUAGGAGUUGCCGGCUGGGGAGUUGGAGGUAUUGAAGCAGAGGCUGCAAUGCUUGGUCAGCCUAUGAGCAUGGUGUUGCCUGGUGUAGUGGGGUUCAAAUUGUCCGGGAAAUUACGAAAUGGUGUCACAGCAACUGAUCUAGUUUUAACCGUGACUCAAAUGUUGAGGAAGCACGGUGUUGUUGGCAAGUUUGUUGAGUUCUAUGGUGAAGGUAUGGGUGAGCUGUCUUUAGCUGACAGAGCAACAAUUGCUAAUAUGUCUCCUGAAUAUGGAGCAACUAUGGGCUUCUUCCCUGUGGAUCACGUGACAUUGCAAUAUCUCAAGUUGACAGGACGAAGUGAUGAAACUGUCUCAAUGAUAGAGGCCUAUUUACGAGCAAACAAGAUGUUUGUGGACUACAAUGAGCCUCAAACUGAGGGAGCAUACUCGUCUUAUCUAGAAUUGGACCUUGCAGAUGUCGAGCCCUGUAUUUCAGGUCCGAAAAGGCCUCACGACCGUGUUCCUUUGAAAGAAAUGAAAGCAGACUGGCAUGCUUGUUUGGAUAAUAAAGUUGGAUUCAAAGGUUUUGCAGUGCCAAAAGAAUCUCAAGAGAAAGUUGUGAAGUUUAAUUUUCGUGGACAACCUGCUGAACUCAAGCAUGGUAGUGUUGUCAUAGCAGCAAUAACUAGCUGCACCAAUACAUCAAAUCCCAGUGUAAUGCUCGGUGCUGCUCUUGUCGCAAAGAAAGCCUGUGAAUUAGGUCUUCAGGUCAAGCCAUGGAUCAAAACAAGCCUUGCGCCAGGUUCAGGAGUUGUUACUAAGUAUCUGCUUAAAAGUGGGCUUCAAGAAUAUCUGAAUAAGCAAGGCUUCCAUAUUGUUGGAUAUGGUUGCACUACAUGUAUUGGUAAUUCUGGGGAUCUUGACGAGGCUGUUGGUGCUGCAAUUUCAGACAACGAUAUUGUUGCUGCUGCUGUUCUCUCUGGAAAUCGAAAUUUUGAGGGUCGAGUGCAUCCUCUGACUCGAGCUAACUAUCUUGCUUCCCCACCCCUUGUUGUAGCAUAUGCACUUGCUGGCACAGUUAACAUUGAUUUUGAGAAGGAACCAAUUGGAGUUGGGAAGGAUGGCAAGGAGGUCUACUUUAAGGAAAUAUGGCCUUCUAAUGAAGAAGUCGCAGAGGUUGUCCAAUCUAGUGUGCUGCCUGAUAUGUUCAAGAGCACUUACGAGGCGAUUACAAAAGGCAACCCAAUGUGGAACCACCUGACUGUCCCAGCCACAACCCUGUAUUCGUGGGACCCGAACUCGACCUACAUUCACGAACCCCCCUACUUCAAAAACAUGACCAUGGCCCCUCCAGGUCCCCACGGGGUGAAAGACGCCUACUGCUUAUUGAACUUUGGCGACAGCAUCACGACCGAUCACAUUUCGCCAGCCGGAAGCAUUCACAAGGACAGCCCUGCUGCAAAGUACCUGCUCGAGCGUGGCGUCGAUCGCAAGGACUUCAAUUCGUACGGCAGCCGUCGUGGAAACGACGAAGUAAUGGCGAGGGGAACAUUUGCAAAUAUUCGGCUUGUGAACAAGCUCUUAAAAGGAGAGGUUGGGCCGAAGACUAUUCACAUUCCAACAGGGGAUACGCUCUACGUGUUUGAUGCCGCAAUGAGAUACAAGGCGAAUGGUCAUGACACCAUAGUUCUGGCCGGGGCAGAGUACGGAAGUGGUAGCUCUCGAGACUGGGCUGCGAAGGGCCCAAUGCUACUUGGGGUCAAAGCAGUGAUAGCUAAAAGCUUCGAGAGAAUUCACCGAAGCAACUUAGUGGGGAUGGGUAUAAUCCCCCUCUGCUUCAAACCCGGCGAGGACGCCGACUCUCUUGGUCUCACCGGGCACGAGCGGUACACGAUCGACCUCCCAAGUAAUAUAAGUGAAAUACGACCUGGACAGGACAUUACUGUCGUGACAGACACCGGAAAGUCCUUCACAUGUACAGUCCGGUUCGAUACAGAGGUGGAGUUGGCUUAUUUCAACAACGGAGGCAUCCUUCCGUUCGUCAUCCGAAAUUUGAUCAAUUCUCAAAAAUAAAGCAAAAAAGUUGAAAGGCGAAAAAUUAUCAACACUCGGCUAGCGCACGGACUAAAAGAGCUUUCUCUGAUAAUAUAGGUUUUUUAUUUAGAAGAAAUAAAAGUUCAAGUAAAUUUAGCUGGAAGGAGAGAGAACAUUAUUCUCCACACUUUGAAUGAUAUACCCACUGAGACUAGUGGGUUGUGUUUAUUUUUAUUUUUAUUUUUAUUUUUUGUUCGAUGAGAAAAGGUGAUGCAGUAUUUAUGUAAAAAAAGGGCAAAGUUGUGAGAUCAAUUUGGUGUCUAAUGUAUUGCACGAUCUCUCCACUUGUCUUCGAAUUUAAUUUCACUAGUUACUUUGCGAGAUA